AUCCUAUACCAUGUGUUUCGCGGUGCGUCGAGUGAAUUGGUCGUGUAUUCAACCCGAUCAUUUUGAAAGUGACUGUCAUGGCGGAGCUAUAUCAGCAGUAUCCAGCUGGCGGUAAAAUACUCCGAGACUCGCUGCUGACGCGCAUCGAGCGGUGAUUUAAGUGGGAGGCUAUCUCACAUAAAACAGUUUCCGAAAUCUCCAAAUCGGUUAGUUGUCCGGAAACUCUAUAGGUGAUAAAAUGAUAGCUACCUACGUCGCGAUAUUGCUUUUAAACCUUGCCAUUCUAAGUCAGCAACAAGAUUGUGUUUUAUCCAAAUACGAAGAUGUGAAUUCGGUAACCUCUAAUUGUACGGAUAUCGUUGUGGACGACCUUAUCGUGCCCGCUGGAAAGACUCUAAGACUAAACCUCCAAGAAGGCACCAGGCUCACCCUAAAGGGCAAUAUUUCAUUCGAGUUUCAUUAUUGGUCGGGUCCAGUGAUUCUGAUUGCGGGAAGUUCGCUUACUGUCGUAGGAGACCCAGGUUCGGUAUUAGAUGGACAAGGAGAACGCUACUGGGAUGGCCAAGGUUCCUGGGGAAAUUAUACGAAACCGAAACUAAUGCGCAUCGAAGCGCAAAACAGUGUUUUUGCACAAUUAUCUCUGUUAAACUGCCCCAUGGCCUGCACUGCCAUCAAGAGUUCAAACAACGUCACUAUUACGAACUGGAAUGUAGAUCUCGCCAUAGGUGACGAGGGGAUUGCACCAAAAGAUAAGUUUGGCCACAACACCGAUGGAUUUCAAAUUUCCGGCUCGUCCAACAUUACUAUCCAGAAUUCCACCAUCUAUAACCAGGACGAUUGCAUAGUGGUGAAUUCAGGGUCUAAUAUCCUAUUACAGAAUUUAUUUUGCCACGGGAGUCACGGUCUGAGCCUAUCGCUAGGCUUCGCCAACAACAGUUUUGCCGAAAACUCAGUCGACAAUGUGAUCGUUAGGAACGCCACUCUCGUCAAUGGCGAGAACGCGAUUCACAUCAAAACCCAUACCGAUGCCGGAAAUGGACUUAUAAGUAACGUGAUUUAUGAGGAUAUUAAAUUUGCAGGGCAGACAUUAUACGGCAUCAACGUUCAGCAAAACUACGUAAAUACUCCUGCCAACGAAACGGUCAAGCCCGCACCAGUGGGCAACAUUCCAAUAGUCAACUUAACCCUCAGCAAUAUUGCAGGAAACGUUCCUGCGGAAGCAGUGCCGGUUUACAUUUCUUGCGCAGAAGGUGCGUGUCAGAAUUGGAACUGGGACAAUGUCAAUGUCACCGGAAUCGAAUCCAACGAUUGCAAUUUUGAACCGGUUGGUUACAAGUGCUAGAAACUGUUUUUUUUAUUAAUUAAAAAUAAUUGUUUACUGUAAAAUAAAAAUUACGUUUGCUGGUAAAA